AUGUCUGAACAGGCUGUCAAGCGCUAUGUCAUUGUUGGCAUGGGCGUGCGCUCCGCCUUCUACUAUCAGGCCAUCAUCCAGAAGCACAAGGACGUGGCCAAGCUCGUCGGCAUCUGUGAUACGAACCAGACGCGCAUGAACGCCGCCAACGACCGCAUCGAGGAGCUCGGCGGCGAGCGUGUGCCCACGUACAAGGCCGAGGACUUUGACAAGAUGGUCCAGGAGCAAAAGGCCGAUGUUGUCAUCGUCACCACCAUUGACAAGUUCCACCAUACAUACUGCAUCCGUGCCAUGGAGCUCGGCUGCGACGCCAUUACCGAGAAACCCAUGACCAUCGACGAAGAGAAGCUGCAGGCCAUGAUCGACGCUGAGAAGCGCACGGGCAAGCAGAUCCGGGUGCUCUUUAACUACCGCUAUGCGCCGCAUCACACGAAGGUCCGCGAGCUUAUCGCGUCGGGCCUCAUCGGCGACAUUUCGACGGUGCACAUGGACUGGAUCCUUGACUGCGCGCACGGCUCCGACUUUAUGCGCCGCUGGCACCGCGAAAAGGCCAACAGCGGUGGCAUUCAGAUGCACAAGUCGAUUCACCACUUCGACCUCGUGCACUUUUGGCUCGGCACGGAGCCCGAGAUGGUCUACUGCCUCGGUGGGCUCAAAUUCUACGGCAGGGAGAACGCCAUCAAGCGCGGUGAGAAGAACCUCGGCGAGCGGUACCUGGGCAAUGAGGAUGCCAAGGACGACCCCUUUGCCAUCCACAUCGACAAGAACGCGCAGCUCAAGAAGCUCUACCUCGAGGCCGAGCACGAGGAUGGGUACAUCCGCGACCGUAACUGCUUCGCCGACGGCAUCACCAUCGAGGACACGCUGUCCAUGAUCAUUAAGUACAAGGACGGCGCGGUCAUGACCUACAACACGUACGCCUUCGCCCCCUGGGAGGGCUACAGGUGUACAUUCAACGGCACCAAGGGCCGUAUUGAGAUCAAUGUGACCGAAGGUGGCUACUCUGCUGGGGGGGAGGCGGUGACUAAACAUGGUCUGACAGAUCUGGAGAAGAACUACAUUCAGGGCGGUGUUGAGCAGACGACCAUUGUAGUGUACCCUCUGUGGGACAAGCCCUACGUCGUGGACGUUGUCAAGGGCGAGGGUGGCCACGGUGGAGGUGACCCCGUGCUGCUGGAAGACGUCCUCGUCGGGGCCAAGAAGGAUGACUUCAAGCGCGCGGCGUUCAUCAGAGACGGUGGCAAUGCAGUGCUUGUAGCUUGCGGUGCGAAUAAGUCCAUGGCUACAGGACUGCCCGUGAAUGUGCAAGAACUUGUCAAAUGGUAA